AUGUCACAGGAGUCAGACAACAAUAAACGACUGGUGGUAGUGGUACCCAAUGAAACCUCGUUUCACUCUCGGCGGGCUUACACCAGUGAAGAUGAAGCGUGGAGGUCAUACCUGGAGAACCCCCUCACAGCUGCCACCAAAGCCAUGAUGAGCAUCAAUGGUGAUGAGGACAGUGCUGCGGCGCUGGGCUUGCUUUAUGAAUACUACAAGGUUCCCAAAGACAAACGCGUCCUUCCUAUCACCAAAGUGGUUGAAAUUUCAGAGGAGCAAGAAAAGAGGAAUGCUCUAGUUGGCAGUAGCAGUAGCAGUAGCCAGACGGAGACAGAAGCCGUCGAUAACCGUGUCCAGGUCCUGAAGUCGGUGCCGGUCAACCUGUCAAUCAACACAGAACACCAGGAAACUAAACGAGACCAGUACGUUACAGGGGAGCCAGCACCUGUUGCCAUGGUGAAGGCAGAAGUGUACGCACCUGUUUUCAUGAGCUCCGGUGUUCACUACAAGUCGGAAGGGGAGGAGCCUCCACGUGUCAUCUUCGAGCAAGGUCACCUAUACGACAGCUCAGCCAUCAAUCAUAGCAGCUAUGUUAAAGAUGACCAGCGUAGCAGUCCAGACAGCACCUACGAAGAGGAGACCAGUGCGGUGAGAAAGUACCGCCCACAAUCUUUGGAAGCUGAUGAAUACGUCUUUGACCAGACAAACAUUGACACAUUCCAGUACACACUUGAAGCCACAAGGUCGUUGCGUCAGAAGCAAGGUGAGGGGCCCAUGACCUACCUGAAUAAGGGCCAGUACUACGCCGUGACCUUGAACGAAACAGGAGCCAAUAAACGCCUCAGGCACCCUAUCAGCAAAGUGAGGAGCGUUAUUAUGGUGGUGUUCAGCGAAGACAAGAACCGGGACGAGCAGCUCAAGUACUGGAGGUACUGGCACUCUCGCCAGCACACCGCAAAACAAAGGGUCCUGGACAUUGCUGAUUACAAAGAGAGCUUCAACACGAUUGGGAACAUUGAGGAAAUAGCCUACAACGCCGUGUCUUUUACAUGGGACGUGAAUGAAGAAGCCAAGAUUUUCAUCACGGUAAACUGUCUGAGCACGGACUUCUCCUCUCAGAAAGGGGUGAAAGGACUGCCUCUCAUGAUCCAGAUCGACACCUACAGCUACAACAACCGCAGUAACAAGCCCCUCCACCGAGCUUACUGCCAGAUCAAAGUCUUCUGUGAUAAGGGAGCGGAACGGAAGAUUAGAGAUGAAGAAAGGAAACAAAACCGUAAGAAGUCAAAGGGUGAGAUACUGAAACCCGUCAGCAACAGCAACAGUAUUGUUAUGGAUAUAACAGGAAAGGAUGGGGGUGCAGGGCUUGUAAACCUGCCGAAAAAGAGCGACACCACCUUCUUCAAAACAAUGUCCGACCUGGAUGCACAACCAGUGCUCUUUAUACCAGAUGUGCACUUUGGCAAUCUGCAGAGAGCUGGACAGGUAUAUACCUUCAAUGCAGAAGAGAUUGAAAGAGAAGGGAGCGUGCUGGUGAAAAGGAUGUUCAGGUCAUCUGACGAUGACUUUUGCCCUCCCCCUCACAAACAGAUCAAAGAGGAGACACAGAGAAAAGUGUUGCUGUACGUGAGGAAGGAGUCGGACGAGGUGUUUGACGCUUUGAUGCUCAGGUCUCCAACCCUGAGGGGUUUAAUGGACGCUAUUUCAGAGAAAUACUGCGUUCCUAUCGAGCGAAUGGCAAAGAUCUACAAGAAAAGCAAAAAAGGGAUUCUAGUGAAUAUGGAUGACAACAUCAUUGAGCACUACUCUAAUGAGGACACGUUUAUCCUGGUCAUUGAGCCCUAUGCCGACGCCUACAAGAUCACACUUAUGGAGAUUUGA